AAAAGAGUCACAUGACUACCGCCAUUUAAAUGCGGAAGAGGAAUAAUAAGUGGAAAGUAAACAUUAGACCUGUCACCUGCAUAGUUUUAUAAGAAGUAAGUUAAGUAAGAGUUAAUCAAGGAUCAACCAUUUUAUCCACUAAAGCAUCAAAUGGGACUCGAGUCAACAUCUUAAUGUAUUUGAUAAAGGAUAUAGGCCUACAUGAAUUGGUGAGACAUAAUAAUAUCAUAUCACUUUGACAUUGAAUUGAUAGUCAUUGAUAGUAUAGCUCAUACUCAUUCAUAAAAUCAAAUAAUAUGUUCAUAUCAUAUUCAUAUUGACUUGAGUAUUGAGAUAUUGUUCAAGUUGAGUCAAAAGGCAUUGCUGGAUUGCUUCAUUGCUGCUUGCUUCUGAUGGUAAAAAUGUAUUGCUGGUUCGGCAGUCUCUCUUAAGUUCUGGUUCUGGUAAUGUUUCGUUGCUGCAUUCAUGUACUGGCAUCUUUGCAAUGGUUGGGGUUGUGAUGUUGCUACUCUAACAGCCCCUAGCUGAUGCCAGUGCAGCCUUGAAGCUUUCACAUAUUAACUCUCAUCCAUAUAUUUUCUAUAAUAUAAUAAUACUAUAAUAAUAGUAAUAUAAUAUAGUAUUAUAAAUUAUAUAUUUUGUUUUUGGGUGUGUCGGUGUCAAACCACUCAUUUACCACUGUUACUGUGGGCUAUGUUCUGGUGCCCCACUUUGAGUUUCUGUGUACUUCUUCGAGUUUCUGUGUGCCACUUCAAAUGUCUGUGUAUUUGAUGAAACUGUAUGUUGAUUUUGGGUUUUCAUUAUUUAUAAAAUAUUUUGUAGGCCUAUUGUUUUUCUUCAUUUUUACACUUUCUCCCCACCACUGGUAACUGUAGCACACAUGAUUUAGUUGAGGGAAGGGAGCGACCACAGGUCAUUGACUCUUCCUCCCUCAUAUCUAGAGGGGUACAAUAAAGUUGCUACGUUAGCCAUGAAAUUAAUGUUUUGGCUGAAUUUUAUGCGGGUAAACGGGUCAAUUGAAUGUAUUUCUAAAAAAAUUAUUUCAUUAAAAUUUUAAAGUUUUGUUUCCCUAUUUUUGUUUUUUCUUUUUAAGUAGCUAAAACAUUCUCUCUCUUUCCCCUCCCCAUUUUAGAAGACAUGUGUUUAAACUACUUUUUUUUUUUUUUUUAGAAUACCGCCAUUUUGGUUUUCAAGACACAUCUAAGGUCCUGACGACCAAGAUGGCUGUCAUGGGAAAUAAGUGGCACCCCAAACUAAGACAUGUGUUUAAACUACUUUUUUUUUUUUUUUUAGAAUACCGCCAUUUUGGUUGUCAAGACACAUCUAAGGUCCUGACGACCAAGAUGGCUGUCAUGGGAAAUAAGUGGCACGCCAAACGUAAAUUGACCUAACUCAGUCUGUAUUGCUGCAUCAUUUAAAAUUUCCGCUGGAUCAAAAAUUUGAAAUAUGAAAAGUCUUGGUUGUCCUGCAUUUUUAAAAAUAAAUAGUUGGUGAAUAACACAGAGGUGAUCGGCGAACAAAUAAUAAAAAAUAUGGUAUUUGCGCAGUGAACUCCAGGAGAAUGGGACUACUAGUACUAAUACUUACAGCAAAAUGAGUCCACAUACAUGCCAACCUGUAUGGUUUAUCAGUACUUUUUUCAGGUUUUAUACAUUGCCAAUUUGUGCAGCUUUACAGGUUUUGUACCGUUUUUCAAUGGAUUAAGAUCAGAAAUAUUUUUGCAUAAGAGACAUGUUCACAAAACAGACUGUGCAAUAAAUUCAACAUUGAACAACGGGAAGUUUAAAUCCUUUUGGUCCAUUCAGAAUGACUAUGCUGAUGAUGGGUAGGCCUACUAAAUUUAGAAAUUGAACCAGUUUCAUUGAAAUAAUUUGUUAAUACUAUACCCUAAUUACAAAUCCUUUGUGAUUGUGUAAUUGUUAACAAGUACCGUAGUGUUAUUAAGUGUACUUUGAAUUUCUAUGAAACACUUAAAUAUAUUUAAUAUUACUAUCAAUCAUUAAUGACUUAAAUCAUUUUUCUUAUUUAUUACUGCGGCAUGGCUUAAUUUAAUGUAAUAGCUAAAUUUUAUGUGAAGCGCACUAAGCCCAGCCCUAGGCCGGGGUACUGCUUUAAAUAAAACCACCCUUAAUAAUACUAAUAAUAUUCUUUUUGUAAUAUUAUUUUACUCCAGCUGGGAACUUCCAUUUAACACUUCAUAUCCACAUGGUGCAUGGAGUUUAAAGAAAACAACUUCUGUCAACAUGACAUUUUUCUCCAGGUGCAGUGAAAAAUGGGGUUGUUAGUUGAUGUAAACUUAACUCAAUUACUUUUGCAAGAGGAACACUAUUUAUUUUACUUCAUUAAUUUAAAUACAGGAAUCUUUUACACUAAAGUUAUAAGGCUGGCGUAAUUAACAGAAUAAUCAUGUUUAAUAACCUCUAAAUUGCUUUCAAAUUUAUUAUCUGAACACAUUUUUAAUAAAACUGCUAUUGACAGAAAAAAACAACUAAAAUUUGACAAAAAUAGGACUUAAUUCAAGCUAUUGUCAUUUAAAAGAUGUGAUCAAUCCAUUUAUGAAUGCUGUAAAACAGGCUACAUUGUACAUCUAGUUUGUUGAGGGGGGGGGGGAUAUUUCAUUUUUUAAAUUCAUGCAUUCAAAACUGAUAGAAAUGAAGAAAAAGUUAUAAAUUAUAUUUUUUAUAGUUUUCUUUUUUUUCUGUACCGAUACAAUUUGUUUUGCUGUUGUACAGUUUUUUGUAUGACUUUUUUGUAUAAUUUUUUAUCCCAAAGGUCGGGACGUAUGAGUCUGUUCUAUUUUAUAUAAUCAUUAGCCCUCUCUCUCAUUUUAAUCAGUACAAUGUCAACGUAGGAUCCCUCGAAUAUGAAGGAUGGGCUCAAAUAGAGCUGACCAAUCACGUCACUUAUACAACCUAUUUGCCUACUAUGAAAUUACUAAAUGCUAUCAUGGGAACCCCCUCCCCCCCAAUCUCCAUCGUCACAAAUUAUCACACAUUAGGCACAUUACCACACAUUCAGAAAUUUAGACCUGUUUACUCUUACAAUUUUGGCAUACAAUGAAAGAUUCUGUCAAAACUAUGAUUUUAAGACACUGGGUUAAAAAAUAUAUUCCAGUUGUUGUUAUGAUUUAUGAAUGUUAGUUUUAACUCUUUCUAGGCCAGGUGCUGAAUGGACAGAAAUACAAUUGGCUGGGGACCAUCCAUAACUCUAUUACAUAUGCACUGAGAGGGGAAAGGGGGAGGUGUCUAAAUAUUUUGAAAGGCUAUAAAAUAUCACCACCACAUUUGACAAAUUUAGUAAAAAUUCUCUCUUUUGAUGUAUGACAUAAUUUUGUGACAUAAUUAUUUCAUUCUUCAGCUAAAUGGCGGCGAUUGCAAAAAUGGAGAAAACUAAAAACUAAAAAAGAAAAUUGCAUUCUCAACUGCUCCACACAGCAGGGUUAGAUUUUGACAUAUUUUAUUUUAGAGCUAUUUAGUGGCAUUUGAAAGGUAUUUUUAGAAUUCAUUAAGCAGCUGUACACUUUUAUUACACCAGCACUCCUCUUACCUUCUUCCAUUUCAGCUUGCAAACUACAAUGUAACAUAAAAUAAAAUCAGGCUCCUAGGCUUAAAGCUGGGGUGGGCAAUUCACAACCUGAUAGGUUAAACAUUGUGGCCCCGGCACAAAUGAACUUAUUUCUUGAUUCGAUUAGCAAUUAUUUUCAUUUUUGGCACAAAGGCACAUUUCUAAUAUGUACGCAUUUUUGGGACGUACGUAGCAUUUUGGUGUAACUGUCCCUUUUAUUGGACUUAUUUAAAACAAUAUAUUGAACUAAGUAAUAAAUUAUACAAAAAAUUUUACUAUUAAAAUAAAAUGAUUUACAGCUAGGUAAGAGUCACCGUAUUUUCCACAAGCAUUACAAUUGUGUGUAGAAUGAUGCAAAACUAUAAUCAGGUCUGCAAAUGCAUGGACAUGUCGCACCAUGUAUCUGUUCCCUGGUCCAAUGGGCAUUCGUUACUCUUUGUUGUUGGUAGAAUCAUAUUAUGUUGCAAAGACUCUGGGCUUUGUGUCUUUUGCCCGGGCCCAUCUUUUGUCCACAGUUUCAUGCUGUUUCUCCGAUCAGCUGCUGAUGCCACCACACUGAAACUCUGAUGAUGUCAUUCUUUGAUAUAUUGACAUAAUGCCAAGUUCCCGGUCACUCUUUAUCAGAUAACUUGAUUCACAAAUUAAAGCUGCUUAUAUUUGAUUGUGUGUCCCCACUGGUCAGCCAUCAAAUUCUAAUCCCCUCUCCCCAAAGCUUCAAGACACUUACCUUUUGUUCUGCACAUACUUAAGGGAAAGGGUGAGGGGGGGGAUGUGAUCAAGAAUUGUCAAUAAAAUACAUUGAGGAAAUCCUUUUCUAAAAAAGAAACGAAACACUGGAGGUAUAUCAGUAUAAAAUAUUUAAAAAAAAACAACUUAAUAGUGAAACAAGAAAAAGAGAUAUUUAGUCUAAACAUAUCUUGUUCCAGGGAAACGAUGGGGAGCGCUGCUGUUACACCAUCAAUUAAUACCACACCAUGUGCACCAUUGUAAGCUAAGGCUUUAUGUUAGUCUGACUAAGUGUUGUUUUUUUAACCUUAAAUUUACUGUAUAUAUGAAUAUUUGCUUUUGCUCUGAGUCUAUGACAAAAUGAAAACAAUUUGGUCAUGCAUCUGGCUGACAAGAAAAUAAACAAACACAAUUUUUUUAAUGCCCCUGAACUAUAUCAAUGUUCUAAUGUCCCUGCUGCCUUUAACACCACAGAAUUAUUGCAUCAUAUUUAAUUUGAGACUUUUCCCCAUAAAAAAAAAGAAUGGAAAAUAUUAUGCACCAAACUCACUUGUGGUAAUUUUAAGAAUCUCAGAGCAGUUAUUGGGAAUUUUAUUUUGCAUACUGUUGAACUCAACAUUACACCAUACAUUUAUUUAUCCCUAGAGAAUUAUAUUGAUUGAUAUUGAUAUUAAAGUAGUCAAAUCAUUAAAAAUGAUUUACUGAGUCAUGUGAAUGCGAUACCAUACUAUUACUAGAUUUUAUAUUUAUUAAACUCAUAUGUGAGCCUAACUGAAUGUGGAGUAAAACAAAUAAUCUUAACAAUUUAGCUGUUUGAUUUAUAUGCCAAUGUCACUAUAAUAUAUGAUUUGGUCUAAUAAUUCAUAGGAAAUAAAUGACAAACUUUAGCUUACACAAAUUUUGAGCAGUUGUUAACAAACUGCAUGCAUACAAAAUAAAAUUCAACUGUUCACAACCAAUUUAAAUUUAAAGGCUAAUUAAAAUGGGUCUAUUAGUCAUGUAUUCACCAGUACCAUGAUAAAAAGUGAAAAUGUUUUAUUGUAUUUCUGUUUCUAUAUUGCGAAGUUUUAAAACUGAUUAAUUUUGUUUUUAAUUAUGUAGGGGAGAUUUGUCACAGAUACGUCUCUGCCAAAUAAGUCAAUGGCCAUAACAUGAUAAAUAUGACAUGAUUAUUUUCAAAUAUGUACAUUGUUUAAUUUUAAAAAAUGUAUUUGAAGUUUUCUGAUAUCUUUAAGUUUCAGAUAAAAAUGGGUGUGUGGAAAGAACGGGGCCUCAUUUACAAAGUGGGCUUUGUUGGAGUCCUUAUUGGUGCCUUGAUGUUCAUCAUAGGUUUCUGUGCUCCAUCAUGGGCUUUCUUUAAGUUUCACUGGUCAGAAGAUCAAACCCAAAGCAUGGGCCUGUGGCAGUCUUGUACUGGAGAUUUGAGCAUAUGUACCUUGUCGGUCAAUAGCGACAACCUGGGUGAGUUUUCAUUUAACUUUUGUCUCCCCCCCCCUUCUCUGAAAUUUAAUAAUUUGUUAGCGUUUGAAUUUGUUAAACCCAGAUUACUUCAUGUCUUCUAAUAAUUUGUGUAUUAAAAUUUAUUAAAAGAUUUAACUUUAAUUCUCUCUGUGGUAAUUUCAUUUUACUGAACCCCUCCUACAUCUCCCUGCUGCAUCAUUUUAUGGUAUUGCUCCCAAAUGUCCCAAAUGCAUCUUUUCAUUGCAGAAAGUAUAAAUUUCAUGCUUGAAAUAAAACUCUGUUUGAAAUCGAUUCUCCAAAUUUUAAAAAAAAAAAAAGGAUUGGAAUAUCACAAUAACCCUUUAUUUUAUGUCAUGUGUAUCAAAUAAUUUUAAAAUGAUUUUUUCUUGCCAUUAAGGUUGGUUGAAAGCAGUUCGAGCUCUGGAGUGCAUAUCAAUGUUCUUCGCCGUUGCUUCCUGCAUCAGUGGCCUAUACUGCAACUGUAUCUUGAAAGCUCAUAUGAUGCCAGAUUUUUUCAAUAAGAAUAUGGAAACAUCUGCCAUUGUAUCAGGUAACUUAUUGAAUUUCACCACAGAUUUUUCUUUAAGUUUAACUUGAAAAAGGAUAAAAAUUAAUUAAAUUUGCCUUAUCAUGUUGAAAUACAAUUAGGGUCUGACAUGUGAUAAACAAAUAUAGUGGGGGAAGUAAUGCUUUUUAAGAAUUUAAAUAUUAACACUUAAAUAUUUUUAAUAGUUUUUUAAUAGCAUGAGGGAAUGCGUUCAAGCCAUGUAAAGUAAAUAAAUUAUGAAACAAGAUAUGUUCAGGCUUGAAGACCAGACAAUUUAACAGAUGUUCUGGCGACAUGGCGUCUUCAGCAGACAAUGCAAAACAAGAAACAACAGAACAAUUAAAUUUAAAAAAAUGAAAACACCCAGUAAAGUAAAUGUAAAUAUACAUUUGUUAAGUUAUUUUGAACCACAAUGUAGUUUGUUUUAUAUAAAUAAAAGAAAUUAUGAUUAUUUCUGUUCUAAGUUGGAAUAAUUUAUAUUACAGCUACGCUGAACUUUCAAAUUUCAUAAAUGUUGCCCAAGAAAUUGCCAAAGAAAAUUUUGCUUAUGGUAGAAAUGGUUUAAAUGAAGUAAAAACAUUGUAAUUCUUGUAUGCAUAAAAAUUUAUCAACUUCAGCUGCAAUACCCAUUUAUUAAGCUUAGCUGCCAGACCCAUUUAUUAAGCUUAGAUGCCAGAACUAUUUAUUAAACUUAGCUACCAGACCUAGUUAUUAAACUUUACAGCCAGACCUAUUUAUUAAGCUUAGCUGCAAGACCUAUUUAUUAAACUUAGCUUCCAGACCCAAUUAUUAAACCUAUAUAUCAAGCUUAACUACCAGAUGUAUAGCUGCCAGACCUAUUUAUUAAGCUUAAAUACCAGACCUAUUUAUUAAACUUAGCUGCGAGACCUAUUUAUUUAACUUAUCUGCCAGACCUAUUUAUUAAACUUAGCUGCCAGACCUAUUUAUUAAACAAAGGGGCCAGACCUAUUUAUUAAACUUCGCUGCCAGACCUAUUUAUAAAACUUAGCUGCUAGACCUAUUUAUUAAAUUUAAGGGUAAAAAGGGGAGAGACUGCCAUCAGGUUAGAACAAAAUAAAAUGAGUAAAACAAAGUAGGGUUAAACCUGAAAAAAAGGAACGCAACAAAACAACGAACGUGUCGGCAGAAAGCCUUCGUCAGCGAAGAAAACAACAUAAAAACGGUAUAAAUAUAAAAAAAAACACUUAGCUUAGAAGUAGUUAUCCGUGGGCAGCAAAAGAAACACUUAUCUUUGGUCAUUAAAAUUCAUGUCAUAAUUUUUGCAUUCACUUCUUAUUAGUUUCCAUUCAGUUUACAUUAAAUAUUUGGUUGAUUCAAAUCACUUCAUUUUGUUUAUCUGACAUCCACAGUUAUAUUUGGUUGUUUUGGCCUCAUCAUCUUCGCCACCCAGAUCCAGCACUACUUUCCCGAACGCCGUGGCCAGGUUUCCUGGGGUUUCAUUCUUGUCUGUAUCUCAAACUCUUUGAUUGGCAUCAGUGCGUUCCUCAUGCUGAUCUCACAUAAGCUGCACAUCAUGGCGGAGCAAGAUCAGUUUCUUCACCGCCAGCUGAGCAGCGACCCCUACCCUCACCUGCAAGUCCCCGAAUACACGCCCGACGGAAGUAACCAAGUUUACAUUGCAAGCUCUGAAGGGCUCGUUGACUUUGGGCCCCCUCCGUAUGAGAGUGUCGUCAGCUGUUUCCCUCAGAACGAGACACCACCGCCACCUUACUCAUUGGUAGAGAAGUCGGGGAAAUAACAUGAAGCCCAACUCUCUGGUUGUGGAAUUAUUCAAGUCUCUGUGUUUAGUGUUAAAGCUGGAAUCUUACAAAAACUGUAACUUCUAACUGUUGAGCAAACCUAGCCUUAUAAUGACCUAAUUUGAGGAUAAGCUGAAUGUUUUUACACUUAAUCAUCUGAUCUUUGGGGAAAACCCAUUAAAACAUUUAAAGAAUCAACAUUGCUUCUACAGCUUUAGUUAAUGUUUAAAAAAUUAUAUAAAAUUGAAAUGCAAAUUUAGUUUUGAUCCCUUUUUCAAAAAUUGCUCGGGAUUCAAGACCAAAGUGAAGUUGCAGAUUGAAAUGUUCAUGUUCAGUUGAAUAUUUUCAGAUACUUAGAAGCAGUGUUUCUAUUUCAGCAUAUCAGUAAAUAUCAUAACCUUAUCUUCACCAGUGAAUAUGGAUUUUUUAUUUUGAUAAUCCUUUUAAUUUAAUUCCGGUGGUUCACUGUUAUUCUUACUGUUGGCAACUUUUUAUUUGAUCAUAACUAACCACUAGUCCUUGUUUAUUAGUUUUGGUCUCAGUUACCCUCAGAUCAGGAACAUAAUAUAUUUGAGCAGUUAAUGCCUCAGAAAGUCAAUCAAACAAUGUGCUGGCAAACUCAUGACCUUACCAACCCAUGCCCCCACUCAUGCCUUCACAACACAUGCCAUCAGCCCAUGCCCCACCAACCCAUGCCCCCACUCAUGCCUCCAGAAACCAUGCCCCCACCAGCCCACGCCACCACCACCAACCCAUGCCUCCUACCAACGCAUGCCUCCCACCAAGCCAUGCCUCCCACCAACCCAUGCCUCCUUACCAGCCCAUGCCUCAUACCAGUUCAUCCCCAACAGCCCCUGCCCCCACCAGCCCAUGCCCCAACCAAACAUGUGAAGCAUGCCCCCAUUAACCAAUGCCCUCCAUCUCAUCCACCCACCAACCCAUAAUCCCCACUCAUGCCUCCACAACCCAUGCUGGCCUCACCAGCCCAUGCCCCCCUCAAUCCAUGCCCCCCAUAAACCCACGCCCCCUUUCGUGUUUCUAAUUGUUAUGAACUUUACUGGCUUCCUUAGGCCACUAUUUCUGAUUGGCCGAUUCAAAUCGUUGUCACUUGAGAUACAUUUAGCCCUCUAACUUUUUUGGUUUCAUGAAAUUAAAUCAUUAUAUUUGUACUUUAGGAUCUUUUGUCUGAUACGUUAUACAGAUUUUUAUAACUUUUCAUUUGUGAAUAUUAUCCUACAGUUACUAUUUGCCAUUCAUUCCAUGUGCAAGUUAACCUAAAUGUACAUACAGGUCAGGGCAUAUUAUACCUGCUCACCUUAUGUUUAUUCUGACCUAUUUUUUAAGUCAGACCAGCUUUGAACUAGCAAAUUCAAUAAUUUGAUUUAAACUGGAGAUGCUGGAUAUUAUGAUGGUGUUAGUCACAUCAAAAUUAUUUCCCUAUAAAUGAGUCAUGUGAUGUAAGGUUGAGAUCUAUUCGUUAUUACCAGUUGAUGUAAAGAUCUAUUAGUUCUUACCAGUUGAUGUCAAGUUAAAAAUUUGCUGAUGUUCUUCACUGAUCUAUUUACUAAUAUUUUACUUCUUUAUUUUAAUUUACAGUAAAAAAUGCCAGUAUUUGAUGAAUCUGUACAUUACAGUGUUUAAAUUAAUCUAAAAUGUUGAGAUGUAUUAUUGGUUAGCCUCACAAACAGCCCCUCCCCUACUGGUCUUGCACCCCUGUGUAAAAUUGUUGUAAAUAUGUUCGUUUUUGAUAUGACAACUCUAGGUGCAUAGACUGUCCUGUUAGUAAUCAGAUGUUUUUAAUAUGACAACUCUUGGUGCAUAGACUGUCAUGUUAGUUAUCGGAUGUUUAUCAUGCUAUGAUUACAUUCAAAUAUUCUAUUUAUAUAAGAUACUCUAGAGCCAGUAUCAGAUAGAGCCAGUAUCAGACAUGAAAUUUGUCUCUUCUUCUCCUCUGUAUGACGUCAUCAUGUAUAUUACCAAUGGAAGGAACUUGUCCAGAGUAAUGGCAUCAUGUAUAUGACUGAUGGAAGAAAGUUGCCAAAUCUUAAGUUUGAUGCUAAAUAAACUGCAGUGGUGCCCAAAUUUUGUUGUUGUCAAUUAUUUAUGGUGAUGUCCAGUAACCCAAAUUAUAUAAACGUCAGUCUCUACUGGAGCCUAUGGUUCAAAUGUACCAGCAACAUUAUUAAUUUGUACAUGCUUAUUUGAUAUUAGAUAAAAUCAAUUGAGACACACAAAUGUAUUGAUAUAACAGACAAGGGUAAAGGCUGCCAUACUGAGAGGUCAUUGUGUGAUUCAUCUAUCUGAUAAAUUGUAAAAUAAGUGAGGAC